AUGGCAGCCCCGACGAUCUCUGCCGCCCAGGCGGUAGGCGAAUAUCUACAGUCACCAGACGACCUCGCGAAGGUCGUUGCUUUCAGGAAAAAGCUCGAGAAAGAGAAAGCCUCUAUCGACGCACGCCUUCGGGGCGGCGUGAAAGAGCAACUGGAUGCCACCCGCGACGGACUCCGGAAGCUCUUUGGGACUCGGAGUAACGUGCAAGCAAUCAAGGAUGAGAUGGAAACGGCAGAGAGGUUGUGCAGCGAUCCCUCGUAUGUCGUGUCGACAUUCGACCAGAUUAGCAGAGUCUCGAUGGUACACCGGAACUUCGAGCAGACGGAGGAGACGGUCCACAAUCUCCUCGAAAUGAGUUCGAAGAUCGACGUGCUCGAGCAGAUGCUCCUCGAAGACCGCAACGACGUCCUUGGUCCUGCCGAAAACCUCCUUCGUAUCCACUUCCAACUCAACCGCCUUGAGGCGUUCAGGAAUCAGACCAUGCACCAAGCGAAGAAAUCAUCCGUCGACACUCGAAAUACUCUGAAUCGUUGGUUCGAACGACUGAAUGCUCUUCUCGAAAUGUUCGAAGAAUAUAUCCUUGACCUUGCCAAGAACGUUCUACCUAUCGUGCGCGCAGGAAACCCGGAGGUCAUCGUGAAGCUCAUGAAGGUGGUCGAGUCGGAGGCUCGUGAGGAUGAAAAAGCCAUCGCCAUCAAGCUGGUCAAGAAGGCGGCGAAGAUUGAUGCGGCGGCCAAGUUCAGGUCAAUGCAAGCCAAUGCCCGUGUCAUCAAGCACUAUCGGUCGAAAGUCAUGAAGUGCAUCUCGGACUCCAUACAGGCGAAGUUCGACGAGGUGUAUGAAGCGAACGACCGGAAUCCCUCGGGAUUCCUGGAGGACCUCGUCUUCAUCUACAAAGACCUCAUCCGCAUCGAGAGCGACGUCGUGCCCUGUUUUCCCCCUUCGUACGAAGUCUGGACGACCUUCGUGAAGCAGUAUCACAAAGCUCUCAACAACUCCCUCACACGACUCGUCAAGUCGGAGCCGGAGGCCAGCGCCCUACUCACCCUGCACGCUUGGGUCAAGGAGUACAAGAAGAGCAUGCGCGAGCUGAACAUACCCUCUGAAUGGCUUGAACCCCCACUCCUCGAAGGAAAGGAGCAGACCCUCAUCGAAGACUACCUUCAACUCAUUGUCAGGAAGCUGGACGAAUGGUCCGGGAACCUCAUGCGCGACGAAGUCGCCGCGUUCACCGCCCGUGAGGAGCCACCGGAGCUGAGUCCCGACGGGCUCUACACCACCGCGGGCACCGUCAUCUUCCUCGACAUGGUCAACCAACAGAUCGACUUGGCGCUCGACUCGAAUCAAGGUCUUGUGCUCGCUCGGGCAGUGGAGGAGGUGAACCGGGUGAUGCGCACGGUUCAGGACCGCUGGGUGAAGCUUGUGGACACAGAGUACAAGAAGCACGCGGACAAGCCGGAGGAGGUCCCCGGUGGGCUCGUCGAGUACUGCAUCGCGCUGGCGAACGACCAAAUCAAGUCCGCGGACUUCACCGAAACGCUCUCCGCGCGGCUCGAGCCUCUCGUAUCCGACAAGUACCGGGCAACAAUCCACGAUAAGCUGAACGACGCGCUCGACGGGUACCUGGACGUCGCGAAGAAAUACACACAGACGCUGAUCAACAUCAUCUUCAAUGACCUCAAGCCGGCGGUCAAGACACUCUUCACUCCGGCCUGGUAUGAAGGCACGCAUGCGCAGAUCAUCGAGACGAUGCGAGACUACAUGGCCGACUACCAGACGUACUUGAACGAGUCCCUGUUUGAAGUGCUCGUGGAGGACCUCCUCGACACGUACCUCGUCACCUAUCUCACUUCGCUCGCUAACGGCCCGAAGUUGAACAUGCCGGCGGCGACGGAUCGGAUGCGGCAGGACAUCGAUGACGCGUACAAGUUCUUUGGCACCUACAAGAAGAUGAAGGAGCUCGAGCCGCAGAUGGAGGUGCUCGACCAAGUGCUCGCGAUGCUCGAAGCGUCCAAGAGUCUCGUCUUCCUGUCCUAUUGGUCAUUCGCUAAGGUGCACGGGCCGUCGAUUCAGUUCGUGGAGGCGCUUAUGAAGGCGAGGAACGACCUGGAUCGCUCCGCUGUGAGCGAUGUCAUGGAUAGCGUGAAGAGGAAGGUCAAGGAGGAGAACCUCGAAGAUCCACCAGAACCGACGAUCAUGAAGAAGAUUGUCAUCCAGGGCGCCCUCUCCAGGUUCCUCGUUCGCACAUAG